AUGGCAGACUCGGACACGCUCUUCGCCAGACUCUGUGCGAGUAGGUAUGCCCUCAUCAAGGCCAAUCAUCCCGGGGAAGGCAGACGGAAGCGCAAGCUGCGCGUCUCCGAAGAGUUCUGGAGUCUCUCCGCGGACGACAAGAAAAAGCUCGUGCAGGAUCUACCAGCCUUUGAUCCCAAUGCUCCGUACGAUUUCUUGACGGAUGGCGAUCCUGCCGAUGAAGUCACCGACAAAGUACCGGGCGAGGGCCUUAUAGUCCGGACCGACUACUCGAACGAAACGGCAUGGACUACAUUCUGCGACAAGGUCCGGGAAGCCCAGGAGGAGCUCUUCUCCGACUCCCCGGAGACGCCUGAGGAAGCCGACAUGGCCGCCGACGCCGAUGCCGACGAAAGCGACGCUGACGAAGCAAUGGACGAAGACCAAGACGAAGACGACGAGGAAGAAGAGGGCCCUCCAGUACUCUUCCACAUCAUCAACCCCUCCGACCCCUCCGACCGCCUCCAGCUCUCCCACUUCUCCCACAUCUCCAACCUCGCCGCCCUCCGCCUUCUGAACGACGUCUCCAUCCGCAAAGCGCCCCUCCCCCCGUUCGGGUCCGGGAUCAAGCGCAUCAAGCCGCCCAACCGCCUGAUCGACCACGAUGGCUGGCAGGAGAUCUACACAGGCAAGACUAUCUGGGUGUACGACGCGACGAGCAACCAGGACGGAUGCGCGCGGCUCGUGAGCCAGAAGAGCGCAGAGGCGCCAUACGGGACUGCUACCGGGGACAGCUGGCGCGCAAAGGCGACGCACUUGCCGGAGUUGCAGGCGAAUAUCGCAUCGGGCGCGAUUAAGAUUGAUUUCGGGGGCAUGGAUAGGUGGGAUCAUAAUGAGCGCCAGCGGAAUUUACAGGAAGCUACGCUACCCAUGCAGUGAAAAAAGGUGUCUGCCCUUGCCAAUACCAGCUACAGCAAAGCUGCGCGAUAUUGUCUCACCAC